GUUUCUCAUGUUUUUCAACGUAUGCACCUGUUUCAAUUCUUUUCAUUUCUUUAUGAUGUAAGAAGCCAAGACAAUUUGUAAACAUUGCAAGUUUCCUAAACUUUUCAAUAAACUUGAAACAUAAUGGCACAAGAAGUUGCUAGAGUUGCAAGACGUCUUGAAGCGGCAAAGGAAACUCAAGUUUUAGAUCUUUCAAAGUGUGAGCUCAUGAAGAUUCCAGAUGCAGUAUAUUUUAUGUUAAAGGACAGUGUUGUGAACAAAUGUGAUCUCAGUGAUAACAUUAUUAAGAGAAUUCCGUCCAAAUUUUGUACAAAGUUUCAAGCUUUAACAGAACUUCAGCUACAAGGUAAUAGUUUGUCUAGUCUGCCAGAGGAGAUUCGAAAUAUGGAAGAGUUAAAAGUGUUAGAUAUAUCAAACAAUAAAUUUGAAAGUCUUCCAGUAUUCUACGAGUGUCCAAAGUUGAGUACAAUCACUGCCAAAGAAAACAAAAUUACAGAACUUGAUUUUGAGAGAUUAAGAAAGAUGGCAUCACUACGGGAGCUAGAUCUGCAGGAUAAUCCAUUACCGGAGGAGCUUCAACAACAGUUAAAAGAUAUUGACAUGUUCACAGUUCAUAUAGGAGCCAGUGACCCUAUAGGCAAAGAACUGGAGGAGGUUGAAUAAUCAAAAUUAUGUGUUCAGUGCUUCCUUUUAACCCUUACCCUGCUAAAUUUCUAUAAUGAACUUGUCCAUCUUUCAAUUUAGACAAUAACAUUGACUGUUUAAAAGAGUGUUUACCAAAAAGAUACUGACUGAAUGGCGAACAGUGCAGAUCUUGAUCAGACUGCACAGAUGGACAGGCUGAUCAAGAUCUACACUGGUCGCAAAGGCAGAAUUAGUCGUGUCCAGCAUGAUAAGGGUUAAGCUUGACUAUGUUGAGAAUAAGUAGAGCUAUGGCACUCCUGUUUGUCUGCAUCCACUUAGGCUUCUGUGUCCAAUUUAGUUAAGUUUUUAUAUGUAAGCUUGUAUUUUAGUAGCCACUUUUGGGAAUUAGUUGAAAAUGCCCACACUUGUUCAGUGUGAUGGUCUUUAGAUGCAUGGAUUACAUAACUGUCUUUGCAUUUUUAUCUCAACUAUUCAAAGAAUGAGGAGAGGUAGUCUACUAUUCAAUGGCUAUGUUUGCAUGGCACCUUUUGCAUGCAAGGUCAUAGUUCAGUAACCAUUGCUUGCAUUAGAUUGAAAUUUUAUACAAGGCUCCCUAGUCAUCAGUCCUAUUGAAAUAAAGAAGUUAGAUAAAUCUUUAUUAAAUUUAGUUGAAGUUAUGGCCCUUGUUAGCCUUUGAGAAUUUGGUUUUGCAUGCCUUAAGCAUUGAAAUGUAUCUCAGUAGCAACUCUAUAUAUUGAAUUGAAUCUUCACACAGUGCUUUUAAUUAAGAUAUCAAACCUACUGAAAUAACAAAGAUAGACAACUACUGAAAUAAUAAAGUGAGACAAUUCUUGGUUAAAUUCAGUUAAAAUUACAGCCCUUUUUGAAGCUAAAAAAGUAAAGUUUUGCAUACAAUAAUCAAACUGUAUCUCAGUAACAGCAACAUCUAUUGGAUUGAAACUUCACACAAGACAUUCUUAUCCAACUUACUUACAUAGUCAAGUCAGGAAACUCAUAUUAUAGAUUAAUUCAAAUUAUUGCCCUUAUUUGACUUAGAAAAUAUGGUUGAAGUUUUGCAUGUAAGUUAUCAAUGACACAAUGAAAUACAUAUCUGAAAUAAAUUCUAAUAAGAUAACUCAUAUCAUAAUAUUAUGUAAGGCCUGCCAAGAUUGCCAACAGUCGAGCACUGUUGUAUAGACAGCUCUUGUCACAAAAUUAUGUCCCUUCGUCAACUUUACAAUUUUUAGCUCGACUAUUCAAAGAAUAGUCAAGCUAUUCUACUCACCCUGGCGUCGGCGUCACACCUUGGUUAAGUUUUUACAUGCAAGUACAUACAGCCAUCAAUUAAAGGCAUAUAGCUUUGAAACUUAUUUUUUCUUUUUCAAGGUCAAUUACCAACCUCUCUGGGUCAAGUCCCAUAACUCUGACAUGUAUUUUGAGCAAAUUAUGCCCCCUUUUGGACUUAGAAAAUUUUGGUUAAUGUUUUACAUGCAAGUAACUAUCUCCAAAACUAAUGCAGAUAUUGAUUGGAAACUUCACAUGUGUCUUCGGGGUUAUAAAACUAGUUGAUAGCAGCAAGUCCCAUAACUCUGACCUUCAUUUUGGCUAAAUUAUGCCCCCUUUUGGACGUAGAAAAUUCUGGUUAAAGUUUUGCGUGCAAGUACAUACAGCUAUUUCUAAAAGGCAUAUAGAUUUGAAACUUAUCUUUUCUUUUUCUAGAUCAAUUACCAACCUCACUGGGUCAAGUCCCAUAACUCUGACAUGUAUUUUGAGCAAAUUAUGCCCCCUUUUAGACUUAGAAAAUUUUGGUUAAAGUUUUACAUGCAAGUUACUAUCUCCAAAACUAAUGCAGAUAUUGAUUUGAAACUUCACAUGUGUCUUCGGGGUAUAAAACUACUUGAUAGCAUCAAGUCCCAUAACUCUGUCUUUCAUUUUUGCCAAAUUAUGCCCCCUUUUGGACUUAGCAAAUUCUGGUUAAAGUUUUGCGUGCAAGUACAUAUAGCUAUUACUAAAAGGCAUAUAGAUUUGAAACUUAUUUUUUCUUUUUCUAGAUCAAUUACUAACCUCACUGGAUCAAGUCCCAUAACUCUUACAUGUAUUUUGAGCAAAUUAUUCCCCUUUUUGGACUUAGAAAAUCCUGGUUAAAGUUUUGCGUGCAAGUACAUACAGCAAUUACUAAAAGGCAUAUAGAUUUGAAACUUAUUUUUUCCUUUUCUAGAUCAAUUACCAACCUCACUGGGUCAAGUCCCAUAACUCUGGCAUGUAUUUUGGGCAAAUUAUGCCCCCUUUUGGACUUUGAAAAUUCUGGUUAAAGUUUUACAUGCGAGUUUCUAUCUCCAAAACUAAUGCAGAUAUUGAAUUGAAGCUUCACAUGUGCCUUUGGGGUUAUAAAACUAGUUGAUAGCAGCAACUCCCAUAACUGAUAUGCAUUUUGGUCAAAUUAUGCCCCCUUUUGAACUUAAAACUCUUUUGAUAUUUAACCUUUUUGGGUCAUAUUUUCCUGCUUCUGGGACAAUAUUUCGAAUAGUCGAGCUUGGCUGUCUUACUGACAGCUUUUGUUUGUUUAGCGUUUGUAUAUAAGCUGGGAUCUCAGUACUGACAAAUGGAAAUGGAUUAAAACUCCCCAUACUUGUCCACUGUGAUGAUCACAUGCAGUUCACAGGUUCCCUUUUUCCACUUUUAUAUUUCAUUUAUUUAACAUUUUUGUUAGUGACAAAGGCUUUGAAUAGUCAAACAUUUGUCCUCCAACAGCUCAUGUGAUAAUAUGUAUGUUUGAUUUAAUUUAUUUGUAAAUGAUUUUACAUGCAAAAUGUUUUAGAAUAGCAUACAUUAUAUGGUUUGGCAUUGAAAUUUUGCUUUGUUUACGGUUGCUUGUAAUGCUUUAUGGAAUUUUAUUUGCUUAAAUCUUCAAAGAUUUGUAUCUUUUUAGCUCAUCUGAUUUUUUGAAAAAAAAUGAUGAGUUAUUGUCAUCACUUUCAAGAGCGGUUGUCUGCGUCGGCGUCAGCGUCUGUGUCGGCGUUGCCUGGUUAAGUUUUAUGUUUAGGUCAGCUUUUCUCCUAAACUAUCAAAGCUAUUGCUUUGAAACUUGGAAUACUUGUUCACCAUCAUAAGCUGACCCUGUAUAGCAAGAAACAUAACUCCAUCUUGCUUUUUGCAAGAUUUAUGGCCCCUUUUGUACUUAGAAAAUAUCAGAUUUCUUGGUUAAGUUUUAUGUUUAGGUCAACUUUUCUCCUAAACUAUCAAAGCUUUUGCUUUGAAACUUGGAAUACUUGUUCACCAUCAUAAGCAGACCCUGUACAUCAAGAAACAUAACUCCAUCUUGCUUUUUGCAAGAAUUAUUGCCCCUUUUGGACUUAGAAAAUCAGUUUUCUUGGUUAAGUUUUAUGUUUAGGUCAGCUUUUAUCCUAAACUAUCAAAGCUAUUUCUUUAAAACUUGCAACACUUGUUCACCAUCAUAAGCUGACCCUGUACAGCAAGAAACAUAACUCCAUCCUGCUUUUUGCAAGAUUUAUGGCCCCUUUUGGACUUAGAAAAUAUCAGAUUUCUUGGUUAAGUUUUAUGUUUAGGUCAACUUUUUCUCUUAAACUAUCAAAGCUAUUGCUUUAAAACUUGCAACUCUUGUUCACCAUCAUAAGCUGACCCUGUACAGCAAGCAACAUAACUCCAUCCUGCUUUUUGCAAUAAUUAUUGCCCCUUUUUGGACUUAGAAAAAUCAUUUUCUUGGUUGAAUAUUAUGUUUAAGUCAACUUUUCUCAUAAACUAUCAAAGCUAUUGCUUUAAAACUUGCAACAGUUUUUCACCAUCAUAAGUGGACACUGUACAUCAAGAAACAUAACUCUAUCCUGCUUUUUGCAAGAGUGAUGGCCCUUUUUAGACUUAGAAAAUCAUGGGUAGGACAAUAUUUCUAUUAUACAAAAAAAAUCGGAUGAGCGUCAGCACCCGCAAGGCGGUGCUCUUGUUUAUUCUAAUAUUAUGUAGAAACAUUUAAACCUUUACAUUUUCAGAAAGGAACCAUGUUACACAACUAUGAUAUUUGUCUUCAUAUUGAUUAUAUGCCCUUUUAUGUUCAGUGACAAAGAGUUAUACCCCUUUAUCGUACGAAAAGGUCAUGAAAUUGAACAUAUUAUUUUUUCCAGAAAUUUGUAUGAUGGUUCUUUCAAGCAUUACAAAAAGAGAGACUUUUUAUUCUUUUUAAAUAUAAUAAAAAAAUAAACUUUUAGUGAAUAAAAUCUAUUAAAGCAUUUUAUGCAGCCUUAAAUCCACUUAUAUAGAAUUUAGGCAGUUUUUCCUAGUACUAUCAUUUUAGCCUCACCAUGAGAAAACCAACAUAGUGCAUUUGCGACCAACAUGGAUCCAGACCAGCCUACACAUCCGCGCAGUCUGGUCAGGAUCCAUGCUGUUCGCUUUCAAACCCUAUUGCAAUUAGAGAAACUGUUAGCGAACAGCAUGGAUCCUGACCAGACUGCGCGGAUGUGCAGGCUGGUCUGGAUCCAUGCUGGUCGCAAAUCGUGGGCUGAGCGCAAAACUAUUGUAACUGUAUAUAGAUAAAGAACAAGAUACAAUAGUUUCGCGCUCAGCCCUCGAAAUGCACUAUGUUGGUUUUCUCAUGGUGCGGCUCAAUUUAUUAUAUUUGGUUGUUUUGACUUUCAUUGGCAUUGUUUACUGUACCUUGUCAUGAUAUAGUAGCAACAGUUUUACUUGUUAAAGAACUUUGUGUGUGUGUUUUUUUUAAAUAUUUUUAAAUGCGUCAAGUUAGGUCUGAACUUCAUUAAAUCCUUGUACUAAAACAUAUCUCUUAUGUAAAGAUACAAUAUAUUUGUUUGUAAUUUAAGUAAAUUUUACAUAUAUUACACUUUAGAAAAUAGUAUACAUUUAAAUUGUUGACUUACGAGAGUAUACAUUUACAUUGUCAAUAAAAUUCAGAAGAAACACAUCAUAGAUUUAGGAAAAAUUAUGUGUCAUAUGACAUUAUUUAUUAUGUAACACAAUUGUUUUUCUUGUGAACUUUUUAUUAGAUACCUUUAAAGUAGUGACAGUUGGUUAGUCUUUCGUUUGUUCUUACGUCCUAAGUUCUAACACAACUUGGAAGAUAUUUUUGAUAUGCAUGUCAGGGAUCAGCCUACAAGGCGAUUUGAGCGAUAUCGUCGCUUUAAAGUCGGCCACCUCGCCUAAUUAUCGCCUCCGGGCGAAAUCCAAAUCGCCGAGUUUUUCAGCCAGUUAUUAUCUGUUUACUGAAAGUUGCAAAACUUGAUGCAUAUUCUAGAUUAAAUUAUCGAUAAAUCCAUAGUCAACCCCGCCUACUCGCCUGUCAAACUUAAGCCAAUCGUAGCGUUAAUAUCUAACAGUGUCAAUCAAUAAUAUUGUCAGCCGCCGCCAUUUUGAAAAUUUUCAAUCGGCGUGUAAAAAGCCGAUAAACUUAACGAAAGCAUGAUUUUAUGCAAAAAUUGUAUAUUAUGCUUUCAUUUUAUUAAAGAUUACUUCAAAAAUUAUUUCAAUUACCAUAAUUACGGUCAAUUUCUGUAAAUGAACGGCUCGGGUACUGCGGAUAAAAAAUGAUUUCGCGGACGUCAGAACUGCCAUACAAAAUAUUGUAAAAAGAUCGCCAUUAACUACGAUUUUGGUUUUAUUUUCGAAAAAAAUAAUGAAUAAAUAAAUUAAAUGUAUAAAUCUGAACAAGUUGGUGCAAAAAUCGGGCAUUAUAAAAGUACGAGAAUCGAAACAUUAAUGAAAAUUUUCACGCCGUUUUGAUCGUGCACCUGUUAAAUUUACGAAUUUCGGACAUGUAAAUUUCGGAUAAAAAUUUAAAGGCGACUUUUUCAUAGCUAAGUUUAUACUUUAUUUAGAAAUUCAUGAAAAUGAUAAUGCAAGAAUCAAUUUCCUUAAAUAAUUACUGUUUAUAAGUUACAGCUAGACCCACAGAAAGUGGAUAUAUAUAGGCAAGAAACUUAACGCUAUGCCGAUUCUUCUCCUUAAAUUUCUCAACUUCUCCCUAAAUUCUGUGGAGGGAGAAGUCACUUCUCCCUAAAAUUUUGACCUAGUCUGAUCCCUGCAUGUAUUGAAUGUAUUCCUUUACUGUUCAACAGAACACUGAUGAAGUUUAGCCACAGUCAUGUAAUAGUAUUCUGUCUCAAUAAAAUGCUUCUUCUUUCUUUCUAUCUUCUGUCAAAUGGGAUGUUUGUGAUCUCCUGCAGUGGCUGUCAGGCUGGCAGCUUCCACUUAAGUUGACUUGGUUGUAAUGUUUAUGGGCAUAAUAUCUCAGCCAUUUAUGAAAACCAGCUGGAUUCCUCAAAUCCCUGUGGAGUUGACACCCUUCUAUUACUUAAAAUUGGGAAAAUUGACAGUGUCCAAAAUUGGGAAAAUUGACAGUGUCCACUCUCUAACAUGAGUAGUUCUUAGCAAAUCUACACAGAACAUGGUCACUAUGUUAAUGAGCAUAAUAUCUUAGACAGAACAAUAAUCAGCUUCUGAGUCUAACUCAAUUUGAGUUACAGCUCUUGGGUUAAUAUUUAAAAUUGUGAAAAUUGACACUGUCCACGUAAUAACUUAAGGAGUUGUUAUUGAAUAUUCACCAAACUAAAAGUCAGAAGUACGGUAAUUUGCUAUAUUGUGACAGUCUGGUACUCUUCUUACAAUACGUUUCAAAUUUUACAUAUUUACCAUAUCAUAAUGUUUUAGGUGCUUUUAUUAUAACUACAGUGUAGAAUAAUUAGAACUGUUAUGCAAGGCUUACCAGUCCCUGCAAGGAGACUCACAGGCAGACCAGACUGAAUUUCAUAUUUACACUUCUUACCAAAAUGCAGUUAAUUUUUCUGACAUUUUUUGUCAUUAAAAAUGAAUUUAACAUUUUUAGCUCAUCUGAUUUUUUGAAAAAAAAUGAUGAGUUAUUGUCAUCACUUGAGCGGUUGUCGGCGUCGGCGUCGGCGUCGGCGUCUGCGUCGGCGUUGCCUGGUUAAGUUUUAUGUUUAGGUCAGCUUUUCUCCUAAACUAUCAAAGCUAUUGCUUUGAAACUUGGAAUACUUGUUCACCAUCAUAAGCUGACCCUGUAUAGCAAGAAACAUAACUCCAUCUUGCUUUUUGCAAGAUUUUUGGCCCCUUUUGUACUUAGAAAAUAUCAGAUUUCUUGGUUAAGUUUUAUGUUUAGGUCAACUUUUCUCCUAAACUAUCAAAGCUAUUGCUUUGAAACUUGGAAUACUUGUUCACCAUCAUAAGCUGACCCUGUACAUCAAGAAACAUAACUCCAUCUUGCUUUUUGCAAGAUUUAUUGCCCCUUUUGGACUUAGAAAAUCAGUUUUCUUGGUUAAGUUUUAUGUUUAGGUCAGCUUUUAUCCUAAACUAUCAAAGCUAUUGCUUUAAAACUUGCAACACUUGUUCACCAUCAUAAGUUGACCCUGUAUAGCAAGAAACAUAACUCCGUCCUGCUUUUUGCAAGAUUUAUGGCCCCUUUUGGACUUAGAAAAUAUCAGAUUUCUUGGUUAAGUUUUAUGUUUAGGUCAACUUUUUCUCUUAAACUAUCAAAGCUAUUGCUUUGAAACUUGCAACACUUGUUCACCAUCAUAAGCUGACCCUGUACAGCAAGCAACAUAACUCCAUCCUGCUUUUUGCAAAAAUUAUUGCCCCUUUUGGACUUAGAAAAUCAUUUUCUUGGUUGAGUAUUAUGUUUAAGUCAACUUUUCUCAUAAACUAUCAAAGCUAUUGCUUUAAAACUGCAACAGUUUUUCACCAUCAUAAGUGGACACUGUACAUCAAGAAACAUAACUCUAUCCUGCUUUUUGCAAGAAUGAUGGCCCUUUUUAGACUUAGAAAAUCAUGGGUAGGACAAUAUUUCUAUUACACAAAAAAAAUCAGAUGAGCGUCAGCACCCGCAAGGCGGUGCUCUUGUUGUAUGUUACAUUUAGGGUGAGAUGAGUUUGCCUUUCUCUUGGCAAUCAUUCAAGGUUGCCACUAAGGAUGUCUUCUAGCAAACUGUUCUUAUUAAUGAUUCUCUAAAGCCGGAUUAUGUUCUUGGUGAAUUUUAUUUAAACAAGAAGAGCAUCAAGAUCAUUUUGGUACUUUAAAACUUUAAGUUCUUCUCAGCAAACAUGUUUUUUACAAGAAAUUUUCCCAGAUACAUUACAAUUUCAUUUAUCAGAGGUUUGACAUAGUCCAUAGCCAAAAUAAAAUACACUUUACUGUUUUGUGUGUGAGAAUGCUUUGGUAUAACUAUAACUGUUUUUAUAAUAACAACAAAGUGGAUGAUGUUUUUGUUUCAAGAUUCUUGGAAAAUUUACAGAUAAUUUCUACUUUAAGAUAUGUUUAUUAUUUGACUUUUUCAGUAAUAUUGUUAUUUAAUCUCUAAGUUUUUACACUAUUUAAUUCUUUCAAUAUUAACACAAACUCAGGGAAGAAUACAGUAUAUCUAUAAUUGUAUAAUUUUGUACAUACAUGCUUUGAUGUUGUGAAAUUUUUAACUCAAGUAUAUAAGAAAAAAUAUAAAUACAUGAUUUUAAGUAUGAUGGCUUCCUAUUUUUUACGAUUGUUUGAAUAUUAGAAAAAUACUAUAAUUUAUGGCCAUGAUGAAAAUUGUUGAUUCUCUCAUAAUUUACAGCAAAUCUAUUCCUUCAGUUUUGCAAAUGAAUUGAGAAGAAAAAUUUAAAUUCUGACACAUUUUUUAUUCCACAAAUUAGGAGGAUGAAAAUUUGUAAGUUCAUGGAAACAGCUUCUGUAUUCAUAAAAAGUACAUCAUGCUAAUAGUCAGUUUCAUAUUUAUAACCUAAGACUGUGUAACCCACUCAUGGGGUUGGUAUUAUUUUGCAUUGAUCCAUAAACUGUUAUUCUAUGACCACUUAUACAAGUUGUGUGUGACCUGUCUAUAGUUCCACUCUAAACGUUGCUGGGCUGAAGUGAAAACUUAAGAGAAAAACAUUGUGAAAAUUUAUUUCUGAAACCAUAUAAUGAAUCACUCUGAAUUUUGGCAAAGUUUUGAUUAUUGACUACAAGCAAUCAGUAAAUGUAUACCAAACACUUAAUUUUUAUACGCCUUCUCUGAAAGAGCGGGGGGUAUUAUGUGAACACCCAUGGCGGUCGGGGUCCAAAGCAUGUCUGCUCUCUAGAUCGAACAGUUUUCAUCCGAUCUUCACCCAACCUGCUGGUAAUGUUUGUGGGCAUAAUAUCUCGGCCAUAUUCGAUAACCAGCCAAAUCGCCCGAGGCACUCUUGGAUUAUGGCCCUUGAAUUACUUGAAAAACUGCGAAUUUAGACUUGUCCAAUCUGUAAGUCAAAUAGUUUUCAUCUGAUCUUCAUCAAACUUGGUGACACUGUUUUUGGGCAUAAUAUCUCGGCCAAGUUCGAUAAACAGCCAAAUCGCCGCAGGCACUCGUGGAUUAUGGCCCUUGAAUUACUCGAAAUCUGCAAAUUUAGCCUUGUCCACCCUCUUAAGUUGAACAGUUUUCAUCCGAUCUUCACCAGACUUGCUGACAAUGUUUGUGGGCAUAAUAUCUCGGUCAAGUUCGAUAACCACCAAAAUCUCCCCCGGCACUCUUGGAUUAUGGCCCUCGAAUUACUCGGAAAUCUUUUUAUGAUACAUAACUGAAAACGGCGUAUUUGUGACAGUCUGGCACUCUUGUUACCUAUUAUAGACCAAGUCCGUUCAACAAAUUAAAUAUCUCCAAUACCUAAAACGACGUCAAAGUUGAAGCUUUAUUUUUCUAAUGUACAACCAAGAUUAUGAAAUGGCUUUAUUUCACUCCUACUGCGUCAAACAUGUGAUAAAUGUUUUUAUUUCAUUCUUCAUACAUAUCCUAAGAUAUAUUUUAUAACAUGUGAUGUCAGUUUUACAUGCUAGUGCAAUAAAUGUUGAAUUAAAACGUGA